AUGGCGACAAGACCCAGAAGAAAUAUACGCACCUCCAAGCUGAAUAAGAAAAUCAAGAAGACAACCACGAAGAAGCCACAGCAGCCACAGAACCAGAUUCCUCCGCCACAGAACGACGUCGUUCAAUUCCCUGACGACGACGGCGGCGGCUACAGCACGCCAAAAGCAGAGAGAUUCAGAAUCCCGGAGAUUCUGACAUGUCCACCGGGGCCGAAGAAGCAAAGACCCAUCUCCGAUUGUUCCUUCCGGCGAUCGCCAAUUGCCUUUUUUGCCCCUCCGGAAUUAGAGCUCUUCUUCUUCAUCGCCCGACCGGACAUUUCAGUUUGA